AUGCCCAACGCACCCCCCCAGCCCGUCGCUGCCCCCGCCAGGCACCCCGCUUCCGCGCCAGCGCCCCGCGACGCGGACGCCGCGCCCUCUUUCGACGCCCUCCUCAGACACAUCCGCCAGGAGGUCGCCCGCGUGUUCCAGCUUCCCCCAGACUCUCGCGCGAAGGAGGAUCAGGCCAUCCUCUCGCUUGCUCACCGCGCGUUCGCUCGCUACGGUGCCGCCGACAAGGCCGCGCUCCCCCCGCCCCUCAAGCAAGUAGACGCCUACCUCAAGGGCCCCAACCAGAACGAGUCUCUCUCUCACUACCUCUAUGCGCGUCGCGCGGACCUCGCUCUCGACGACAUCGACUCCUCCGAUGGCGACGACAAAGACGGCGUCGGCGAGCCCUCUCCCGACGACGACAGAGACUCUGAUGAGGAUGCCAUCGGCUCCGAACACCCAAAGAGCCCCAGCUUGGGUCCGACUGCCAGUCUCGCCGGUACUGCGGGCAACACCACUGUCUCCAGUCCGGAGCCCCGGAGCACGGUCAGUGCGCCCGCUCAGCAGAAAGCAGACCAGAAGAAGUCCGCCUCUGCCUCCGCCUCCGCUUCCGCUGCGAAUGGAGUAGACCAUACCUUUACCGGCGACGACCGCUGCACCAACUGCAUAAUGCGUAACAACCCGACCUGCAUCGUCAACAGCAGCCGCCAGCGCUGCGACUCCUGCUUCAUGAAGCGCCACCGCUGCUCGAAGGUUCUCACGCCCCCCACUCGUCCCUCCCGCGAGACAAAGUCCGCGUCGGUGAAGGGUAAAGGCCCAGGAGACGCACCAGCGGACGCGAACGGAGACAGCGCAAGCGCGCGCGCGCCCAAGCGUAAGCGCACGGCCAUCGAGGAAGACACCAAACGCAACGAGUCCGCCGCGAAACGUCCUGCGCGCCCCCAGCGCCCCGCCGCUGCCGCUGCUUCCUCGGCUGCGGGCACCUCCGCAUCUGCGUCUGCGCCAGUUCAGCGGCCCCCGGCUCCGAAGAAGCCCCCCAUGCAGAAUGGCAAUGCGGCCGCAUCUUCGAGCAACGCCCAGAACCUCUCGCUCGCAGCGCUCGCCGCAUCAGCAUCACGGGCUGCCCGUGCACCCACUAACACCGUGCCCGCGCACAACUCGCGGCACCAGUACUACCAGGAGAAACUUCAGGUCAUCUCCGGCAUCUUGGGCAUGGUCCAGACAGCCGUGAAGGAGCUGCAGGACCAGGUGAACGCUGAUGCAGCUGCUGGGCGCUGAAGCAGAGGCACGGUCGUGCAUAGGCGAAGUAACCAUGCACGCAUGGCAAGAUGCUUCACAGCUCAUGUCGGCUAGCUGUAGCCCCCCUCCCUCCCUCCCUCCCCUUGCCCCAUACACACAAAGUUUAGUCGUGUGCCGCUACCAUGCGCUUCACUGGAGCACGCGGAAAACGCGCCAUUAUGUCGAAUGUUUUCUUUGCUUUCGCCGCCGACCCACCACUGCCCCGAGCUCGUACUAUUUGGUGUAUACUGUACUGUAGUGCUGCUGUUGCUGCCCGCUGCCGCUGCUUGUGUUCUGUCCUAGCUCGCCUACUACUCCGUCUCUCCGUCCCCAUGCCCGUGCCAACCCUGACUGGACUCAGACUCGGUUCUCUCUCUCUCCCCUCAUAUUACACGUGUCCCUGCUUGUGUAAAAGCGGCGUCAUAGAUGCGCGUGCCAACUAAUGCCUCACCGGCGACGGUUGCGCAUGCAUGUCUGCCGCUCCUGCUGCUCUGGAAAUAAUGUUCGUGUUCUCUUUGCCGGUCUCCCUCUCCGUCUCUCUCGUCCGUCCGUCCGUCCGUCCGUCCGUCGCCCCCUCGUGCCUCGUCUACCGUCUGCCUAUUAUUCAUCACGUCCCAUGAGUCUGUCCUGUCGUUGGCCUGUCAAUAUUGUAUAGCCUGACUUAUUCC